AUGGACGCUACCAGAUCCAAGUCCUUUGCAUCCUCCCUGAACGAGGGGAUCUUCGAGAGAUCAUUGUCCUUCAGUAUGCUGUCGCUUCCACCGACUUCGCGUCAGAAAUUAGCGAGGACGUUAUCGAACUGCUCGCAGCAAUCCAGCGGAGGCUACACCAUCCCUGUGCACCACAAUACCGAGGACUUCGUCGCCCCAGUGUUGGACACCACGACGGAGAUCUUGACCAACCCAGCGUUGGACUUGAACGACGUUAAUAUAGUGUGCUGCUGUGAAGAGGAAGACGAUGAGCAGGCUACAGAUAGAGACUCCAAUGACGAAGCGUCAUCUCAGCCCAAUAACCAUCUGAAGCUGCUGCUUACGGCACAUGGACAGCACCCGCAUAACCACACCCACCCAAAGAAGCCGAGAUCACGCUCACGCUCGAGAUCGUCCAUCAGUAAAUCGCUUAUGAGCUCUAUGUCUCCCACCGGCACCUCAUCACAACUGCAGUUGGCUUCCAAACUGCACCAUAGCUCGGUAGGUAAUAUCGGCCCAGUGUCACCGUCAGUUCACCUGUCCAAAUCAAACGUGUCGCUUCACCAAUUCCAUCAACAGCAUCAAGAUAUGAGCAACUCGCCAGAUCGCAAGACCAUCAAAUUCUAUUCAUUUGCCGAUAUGUUGGACAAUGAGAAGCAGGAAGAACAACCCUUCAGCGAUGAAGAUGCAUCUAUGGGUUCACCACCUGAAUUCAGAGGGUUUUCGUUCUCUGAGCCAGCUCCAGUUGAUGACGAUAUCCAUCACAAGAGAACUAACAGUAGCCAUUCCCCACCGGUGUCUGUGGAUGGGUUCCAGACUAUCUCGAUGAGAGAUUACAUUUCCAAAUUGAACUAA